AACGCAAGCGAUCUGCGUUUGGUCCGUGUCUACUUACAGUUAGCGCUACCGGAUUGUCAUCUCGAAUUCCUAAUGUCCGAAGGUAAUCAACACGACACGUUUGCCGGAUUUGAGGCAAUGCGUGACAACCUGGUGGAGGAAAUCAUUGCUUUCAUUGACGAGUUAGGCGAGCCACCUGCUCGUAUCAGCUUUAUCGCCCACAGUAUGGGCUGUGUAUUGGUCCGGGCGGCCAUUUGCAGUCCCGUUUUCGAACCCUAUCUACCCAAAUUGCACACAUUCCUCUCACUAAGUGGACCUCAUUUGGGCACGGUGUACAACUCAUCCGGACUUGUCAAUAUGGGUAUGUGGGUGAUGCAGAAGUGGAAAAAGUCGGAAAGUUUGUCCCAGUUGCGUCUGCGUGACGAUGCAGACCUGCGUAACACAUACAUGUACCAGUUGAGCGCAAGCGCCGGGCUUGAUUUGUUCCGUUAUGUGCUCUUGGUCAGCAGUCCACAAGACCGAUACGUCCCUUAUCAUUCCACACGAAUUGAACUGUGCAAAGCUGCUGUUCGAGAUAGUUCCACUCUGGGUGUUGUUUAUAUGGAAAUGGUGACUAACAUAUUGCAACGGCUCAUCAAAUCGACCCGAACCACUGUGGUCCGAUACGAUAUACACUACUCGCUAGGCAGUUCAGCAAACAAUCUGAUCGGUCGUGCCGCGCAUAUUGCCGUACUCGAUUCGGAAAUUUUCCUGGAAAAAUUCAUUUGUGUCUCAUGCGCCAAAUACUUUCGAUGA